UCAUUAGUUUACCAUUGAUUACCAACAUCGGCCAUGUUUUUAAACCACGUGACGUUAAAAGGACGUCAUGGGACGCUAAAGAACCCAUACGAUUGGCUGAAAGUGACACACGUGACAUGUGCAAGCGCUAGCCAGCGAAAAAGCUUUUUAAGUGGCAAUUGUUUAGGGUUUAUCUGCGGUAGUACGGAACGGCAUCAAAAAAUGCGAUGCAGUGCCAUUGCCGACAGAACGUCUUGGACGAUGACUCUUACCCGUUAUUACAGUUCAUCUGCCUUGACCGUUGCUGACAUAAAAACGCAGCUGGAAGUAUUUUGAACAUAAAGGACAUAUUUAUUCGACUCGCAUUUUACAUUAGUGAGGUUUUUCGUGCACGCCACGGCGCGAUGGAUUCGUCCAGGAGGAACGACGGGGACUGGCAGGGAAUGGUCAACGAGUUCCUAAUUUGUAAGAGGAAGUUGGAGAGCAAGAAGGAGGCUCUACUUAUUCUGUCCAAGGAGCUGGAUACAUGCCAACAGGAGAGGGAUCAGUACAAGCUGAUGGCCAACCAGCUUCGCGAGCGGCACCAAGGACUAAAAAAGAAAUACAGGGAGCUCAUUGAUGGUGAUCCGUCUCUGCCUCCCGAAAAACGGAACCAAGUGAAUUUAGCUCAGCUACUGAGGGACUCAAGAGAAAAAAGCAACCGUCUCUCUGAGGAGAUGAAAGAGCUGAAGCAGCGAUUGGCCGAAGCUCAGGGAGACAACAAGCUCCUACGUAUGACUAUCACCAAACAAAGAUUAGGAGAUGACGAGGUAGGCGCUCGCCAUUUCCCAGCGCAUGAGCGUGAGGACCUGGUCAAGCAGUUGGAAAGAGCCAGAGAGCAGAAUGAAGUAUUGGAGCACAGCACAAAGUCUCUCACCGACGAGCUUCAGGAUGUACGAGCGGAGCGCGACGUGUUUCAGCAGAAGGCUCAUCGCCUCAACGUGGAGAUGAACCACAUCGUGGGGAAUGAUGACGUUCGGAUUUUGGAUAUUGAUGCACUCUGCAUGGAGAACAGAUGA